UAACAAUUAAAGAAAGAAAAAAACAGCUAAAGCAUACCACCCGUCCCUUUAUUUUGUCUUUGUAUCAACCAAUUACGAAUCCUUAUUUUUUUGUCCCUUCCUUUUCCAGCUUCAAUUCCAAACCCUAAUUUUUCAAAUUCUUGACUGAAAAAGAUGGGAUUAUGGGAAGCUUUUCUCAAUUGGAUACGAAGCAUCACUUUUUGAUGGAAGCGCAUGGCUGUAUCAGCCAACGUUUUCCUUCAAAUUUAUUUGACAAUUUGAAGCUGUAAUGCUUUGGUUGCACUGAAUUCUAUACAUGAUGUUUCAUAAGCAGUGUGAAAAAGGGAAACACGGUGCUCGGUAGUACGCCGGCAGCUCUAUCAUACAAUGUCUUGUUGUCUCUUUUUCAAGCAAGAAAUGGAGCUGUCUCUAAUAGGACUUCAGAAUGCUGGGAAGACUUCUCUUGUAAAUGUUAUUGCGACUGGUGGAUAUAGCGAAGACAUGAUCCCAACGGUUGGAUUUAAUAUGAGGAAGGUUACAAAAGGCAAUGUCACAAUAAAGUUGUGGGAUCUUGGAGGUCAACCACGAUUCCGCAGUAUGUGGGAGAGAUAUUGUCGAGCAGUUUCGGCCAUUGUAUAUGUCGUGGAUGCUGCUGAUUAUGAUAAUUUAUCUGUCUCGAAAAGUGAGCUUCAUGAUCUUUUGAGUAAACCGUCACUGAGUGGUAUCCCUUUGUUAGUACUGGGAAAUAAGAUUGACAAACCAGGAUCCUUGUCUAAGGAAGAUUUUAUGGAACAAAUGGGGCUUAAGUCCAUCACCGACAGAGAAGAAUGCUGCUACAUGAUCUCAUGCAAGAACUCAACCAACAUCGAUACAGUUAUUGACUGGCUUGUAAAACAUUCAAAAUCAAAGAAUUGAGCACCAGUUCCUGUACUUUUCAGCUUUCGCAGCCACGAUUUUGAGUUGCUAGUUAAAGUUCGUCAGCUGUGUCUAACUGGGUUAUCGAUGUCUGACCAUUGUCUUUUAUUUUCUCAUGUGGGCUCUAGUUAAUGUAUGUAUCAUUUGAGUUCACGUCCAAGUGUGAUUGACACACUAGUAAUGUUUGGUUGCGUAUUGGUUUGAUUUUUAUGAACAAAGAUUAAUUAAUUAGUGUGAUUUCCUAAUGCAAACUUGCGACACGGUGAUUUUGAAUGAAUAAUGGUUUUUGCCUGUA